AUGAAUUUUUUUCUGAAAAAUUCGAUUCGGCUAUCUUGUAGCAAAUUUCAAAGGCUUUUGAACGAGCCUAAAAUGAAAUUUUUAUUUUACGUGCAAGGGGUCGAAAAUAUUUUUCUAAGAGACCUAACCGUGUUUUACGUUGAUUUUUGACUUUUUCGAGGUGUCCGGAUCUCGACUUUGAGUAGAGAUAUGAGCCUGAUUUUUUUUGUUUAUUAGUAUCACAAUAUACAUAUGUUUGAUGGAAUUUUUUUUGGAAAAUUUUUUUACAACUAGUCAGAGAUAUGAUCCGAUAAAAUUUUGAGUCAUUACUUUUGCACCAGCUAAAAUUGAGGUGGUCUCGUUUGAAAAUUUUUAACUUUUACAUUUGAAAUUAAUUUUAGCCAAGUUUUUUAUAUAUUUGAAGCUGACACUUUGGGGAAUAUUUUCAUCCAUUAUCAGUUUCAUUUGGACCAUUUCCUAAAAAGUUAUAGUACUAAAUUACUUUGUGCGACCCUUGAGUCAUUACUUUUGCACC